UUCCAGAAGUUUCCUAGUAUGGUUUAACCGUACACCCUGACGGCUGUGAACGGACGCUCCUGUAUGAACAGGUUAUUUUAUGCUGUGUGGUUAAAGUUAGAGUUACUUUUGUUUUAUCUCAAAUAUUGUUAUUGUAGAAAUAUGCUCCAAAAUGUGUUUUAAUGCGGAGAGGUGCUGUCGAAGGCUCCUGUGACUUGGGCAACGCUGGCAGCAGUGCAGUAUAGCUUCUAAAAGGUUUGGAGUUGGAUUGACCUUUCUAACCAGGCAGAAAUUAAUUAUUUCUGCCUGAUCAGUAAGUUUUGUUGCAUUAUCAUUUAUUGUAAUUUCAUAAUAGCAAAUAUCUCAAGAGCAUGGAAGACUAAGUUAACUAGUUGAGCCCAGUGGAGCAGAGAGAGGGAGUGCUGGUAUAGCUAACUCGGUGUUUCAAACUAGGGCUGCUUUUAAAUUACAUGUUGUAGUUUUAACUAAGUGACAUUUUUUUAUUCAUCGACUCGGUUCAGAACAGAAAGUUGUCUUGGCACUGUCCCCCCCUUUAACCAACCCUGCACAUGAGUGGAUGUGUGGUUGGUAAUGAACUUAAACUGAAAGUUCAGCGCCCGCAGUGUUUUCAUGAAGUAGAACUAAAACUGACCGGUCAUCGUCGUAAUGGGCAAAGACUACUACAAAGUGCUCGGAAUAUCCAAAGGUGCGUCCGAAGACGAGAUAAAAAAGGCGUACAGAAAACAGGCCCUGCGCUUUCAUCCUGACAAGAACAAGUCUCCUGGAGCAGAAGAUACAUUCAAAGAGAUCGCUGAAGCCUACGAUGUCCUCAGUGAUGCCAAGAAAAAGGAAAUCUACGACCGCUUUGGAGAAGAAGGACUAAAGGGGUCUGCUGGUGGUGGAGGUGGUGGACACAGUGGUCCAAGCUACAACUACACCUUUCAAGGAGACCCUCAUGCAAUCUUUGCUGAGUUCUUUGGUGGCCGAAGCCCGUUUGAUCAUUUCUUCUCUCAGGAUGGGGCAGAUGAUAUGGACAUCAAUGACCCCUUCGCAGCAUUUGGCAUGGGAGGCAUAGGUGGCUUUCACAGGCCCUUUAAAUCCCACCCAGGAGGCCUUCGCAGAGCACAUGAGAAGAAGAAAGACCCACCCGUCAUACAUGAGCUGAAAGUGAGCCUCGAGGAAGUCUUCUCAGGCUGCACCAAAAAGAUGAAGAUUUCCCGCAAGAGACUGAACCCGGAUGGCUGCACUAUACGUAAUGAGGACAAGAUUUUAACAGUUGAUAUAAAAAGGGGCUGGAAGGAGGGGACAAAAAUCACCUUUCCCAGGGAGGGAGAUGAAACGCUGACCAACAUUCCUGCAGAUGUGGUGUUUGUGGUCAGAGAUAAACCCCACCCUGUGUUCAGAAGAGAGGGCUCAGAUAUAAUUUAUCCUGCAAAAAUAUCACUCAAAGAAGCAUUAUGUGGAUGCACAGUCAACGCCCCCACGCUGGACGGCCGGACCAUCAUUGUGACCUCCAGAGAUGUUGUCAAACCUGGAAUGAAAAAGCGCAUUGUUGGAGAAGGACUGCCGCUAUCCAAGUUUCCUGAGAAGAGGGGUGACAUGAUCUUGGACUUCACUGUUAAGUUCCCUGACAAACUGGGCCAAAGCACACGUGAUGCACUGAAGCAGAUACUUCCAGCUUGAUUUGAAGUGAUAAACAGUUUGCUCAAAAUAAUAAUAGGUAACAUUUCCAGUGUAUGAUCUUCUGUGUAUGGUUUUAUUUUGGCCUGGACAAUUGAGGCACAGGACAGAUUUGGUUCCAUCUGAGUUUAAUUUUACCGACUGAACACCAAUUCCAUAUUCUUACCCGGUACCCAGCCGGGUUAAUAAUUGUGUGUAAACUGCCCUAUGAAGAGCAUUCUGGUCCAAUAUCCUCCUGCUACCUUAGCGGGCGUUCAGACUCAGUGUGGUAAAACCUAAUUCUCUGCUGUGUUUUUGGCUCAGACAGCGGGCUGACAGAAAUUCCCAUGCACCAAACCGAGUGAAAUGAUUGGAUAACUGAAGGGAGGUGGAGCUCUAUUGUGACAACAAACAGUUGUCUUCCUGCUUAAACUUGUGCUAAAAGCUUGAUAAGUGUGUUUAAAGUUGACAGAAUUGACUGCGUGAAAAUGUAAUUCUGCAACUGAAGAUUUGUUUCCACAGUGGCAGUUUGUGGGAGUCCUUUAAGGCAGCAUGCAGCCAGCUCAGCUGCAGUGAGGUGUGCUUGAGUGGAGCUGUAACUACAUUUUAGAUGCUAAAACUGAUAUUUAACUCCUGUGUGGAUCCUGAGAGGUGAAAAGACUGAAGUGUUAAUGCUGCUGAGAUCAGUGGUGUCUGCACUGAUACCAACCCUAUUAAGCAGAUUAAUAUCUGCCAGGUGUGACAAAUUAAAUUGCAUUAAAAUUGUCCGUGACAAUGUCAAUAAAAUAGUUUCAUCUCUUAAUUACACUUAAUUUUAGAGUAAUCUCAAACUGUUAAAAAACAAACAAAAAAGCCUUUGGUGGUGUAUGAACAUUUCUAGUUAUGUAUGAAAUAUGUAAAUGAUCAAAAAUGAGAAAAUAAAUCAGGUUGGUGUAUCGUGCUAUUUAAGAUGACACAUCUUGCAAAAUGUUUACUUUUUCAAAAUGUUAUUUAUCCAUGAGUCUACACUUUUUGUGUAGAUUAUGUGAAGUUUUGUGCCAAAUACAGUGGGUAAAGAAAAGAAUCACAGCCUGAAAUGAAAAAAUAAAUCAGCUUUAUUUACUUAAUGCAGUUUACAACAUACAAGUGACAGAAAAAAUAGCAACAGCUUUGAAAAUGAAUUUUAUAAAAUGGAACGACUUGAUUUGAACAGGAUCCCUGAAGCACUCGGACAAAUUGACGAUACGGUGGCUGAAGGAGGAAAGGCUGAAUGUCCUGGCAUGGCCUAGGAGAACCAUCCAAGCAGAGUCAAGGCUGUAGGUUGUUUCACUAACUAUUAACACAAGCUGGGGUUUUUUGUGUGUUUUCAUUUCAGGCUGAUAUAACAAAAUCGGAAUAUUUUGAAAGGGGGUGAUUCUUUUCUUUGCCCACUGUAACUGCCCUUAUGUACUUGUAUGUGCUUAUGUAAAAGUAAGUUGAGAGCUUGUGUGUGUGUGUAGUCUGUGAUGUGACACUGACAAUCU